UAGGUGGUCGGAAAUAUAUAAAACUCUCCCUUUCGCGUCGAUUUGUUAUGUUUGGGAAACUCUUCAUCUGGCUGGUGGUUUGACAUGGGUUUUCACUGGAUUUCCGUUGCUGCAGUGGAGUUGUUGUUAUGGAUGACGACAGAUGCAGCACCAGCAGGGCUGGAAUGCGGCAAGCAGACUGUACGUAACGGAAGGAUAGUAGGUGGUGAAAAUGCAUAUGAUGGAGAGUUUCCCUUCAUGGUUUCAAUUAGACUAGGUGGAAGCAUGUUUGGCCAACAUCAUUGUGGGGGAGUAAUCCUGAAAAAGCUUUGGGUGCUUACAGCUGGACAUUGCGUAAAUAGCUUCUCCCGAAAACAUUUCACAGUCCGAGUUGGGGAAUAUGAUCUCACCAAGCCAGAAACAAAUCACACAGAAGCGGACAUUCCAGUGGAUAAAAUCAUCCUUCACCCGGAACUAUAUCAACCAAGACGUUACAAUCAUGACAUUGCAUUGCUUAAAUUGCAAAAGCCCAUUGAUUACAACAGUUAUUCUUGGCCAUCUUGUUUACCAGAAAAAGAUGAAGACUUUACCGGAAGCAUGGCAACUGUUAUGGGUUGGGGAUACAACGAAGAAAACGCUGGAAAACGAGCCUCCAUACUUCAAAAAGUAGAAGUUAAAGUCAUGAAUCGUACCCAGUGCCAGGAACUUUAUGACGAAGCCAAGAAAAGAAUCACAUUCCAGGAAGGCCAAAUAUGUGCUGGGUACAGAGAUGGAAAACGAGAUUCAUGCCAGGGAGAUUCCGGAGGACCUCUUGUUGUUCGAAGAGAAGGUCGUUUCAUCGUAAUUGGAGUAGUGUCUGCAGGGAUUGGAUGUGCGCGCCCUCUACUGCCAGGUGUUUACACUCAUGUCUCGUCGCAUCUAGACUGGAUUACAGAAACUAUGGAAUCCACCUAAUAGUUGAGGAGACAUAUCUUGAAAUCCCGACUGAAAUACAUAUUAUGGACUACACGUAUGCAACGCACAAUUCGAAUGAAAUGAACUUUUGAAUUCAGUUGACCACCAAAAAAAGAGUUUCAAAGAAAAGUUGACCACCAAAGAAGAGUUUCAAAGAAGAGUCGACCACCAAAGAAGAAUACAAGAGUUCGAACUUAAACAGCUGUUGGCGUAAAAUAAAAGUUUAACGUAGAUACUGAAAGGAUUGUAAACAGGUUGACAUCUUAAUACUGACUUGCUCUACUCACUUUUUGAAAAGAAUGCUAAGAAUUAAAAUAAUUUACGAUAUAUUUUGCCAACAUAAAGUAUGUAAAUAUAAGCAAUGUGUGAAACGUAAUAGAGAUGUAUGAACUGUAUGACAUUGUUUUACUGAGUUGUGAGGUAUGAAUGAAUUGUAAUCACUUGUGAAAAUUAUGAAAAAGAUUUAUUAUUGUUAAGAAAAAUUAAAUUAUUUGUCAGAUCUG